AUGCCUCGCCGGUCAAAGCGUCGCCGUUACACGCUUGAGCAAGGUGUUCAUUUCCCAGGUGCCACCUUGGACGAGGAGAGGGAGCAGGUCCUCCAUUUGGAGGAGGAGAAGGAGGAGGUCUCCUCAUCCACCACCUGCUCGUCCUCCUUACCCAAGACUUCUUCCUCCUCCUCUUCCUCAUCUUCCUCCCCUCUGCUUCUCAGCACUCCCGAGGAGGCAUGUGCUAUUGGGACACCCGACUCUUCGCUGAGUUCCCCAAUACUGUGCUCCCCCUCAGAAGCCAUUGAAUUCAGUCUGUCCAACAACUCAGCCGAUGAUUCCAGCAGCUCUGAGGCCGAGGCUUUUCAGCCCCCACCAGAUCCGGAGAUGCUGCUCAGCGAUGCACUAGAUGAGAAGGUGACAGCUGUGGUGCAGUUCCUGCUCUCCAAGUAUCAAAUGAAGGAGCUCACUACCAAGGCAGAACUGCUGGCAAUUGUCAGUGAGUACCAGGACCACUUCCCUUUGAUAUUCAGGGAAGUCUUAGAGUGCAUGCAGCUGGUCUUUGGUGUGGAUGUGAGGGAAGUGGAUCCUGUUAGCCACUCCUAUGUCCUUCUCAACAGUCUGGGCCUCACGUAUGAUGGGUUGGUCGGUGGUGCACAGGAUGUGCCCAAGAAUGGCAUCCUGAUCCUUAUCCUGAGCUUAAUCUUCCUGAAGGGCAACGCUGUCCCUGAGGAGAAAAUCUGGAAAGCGAUGAGUGUGAUUGGCUUGUAUGCGGGCUCAGAGCACUACCUCUACGGGGAUCCCCAGAAGUUCAUCACUGAAGAUUGGGUGCAGGGGGGGUACUUGGAAUACCGCUGGGUGCCUAACAGCAAUCCUCCCUGCUAUGAAUUCCUAUGGGGUCCGAGGACCUAUGCAGAAACCAGUAAGAUGGAAAUCCUUAAGUUUUUGGCCAACAUCCAUGGGAGUGACCCCAGCUCUUUCCCAUUAUGGUAUGAGGAGGCUUUGAGAGAGGAGGCUGAGAGAGCCAAGGCCCAGGCCAGUAUUGCUACAGAUGCUUCCAUUGCCAAGGCCAGUGAAAAUACCCAGGCUCAGUAG